AUGUCUUUGGGAAAUAACUUGGAACACUUGAAGAUUGAGCUUGAUGAUAUAAAGUUUGCCACCCAUAAUUUUUCAGACACAUAUAAAACUGGCUCUGGCGAUUUCUAUACUUGGUACAAAGUAGAACUCGGCCAUUUUGAAAAAGAAAACCCUUCCUCCAUAGAAGGGAUAAGUAAAAGUAAACUAUUUAAGAGACGCAACUCAAUUGUUAUAAAGCGCUUCCUUCCUAAAGUUGAUGAGCUCGAAGAAGAAUUAUUUUUCACAGAACUUGAAGUGCUUGCCAGUGCUAAGCAUCACAACAUAGUCACUCUAAUAGGAUUUUGUGUUGAAGGUUUUGAGAGGAUACUUGUCACCGAGAAAUUUUCUAAUGAAUCACUUGGUCAUUAUUUGGGUAACGCAAAAAAAAUGCAUAAUUUGACUUGGGAAAAACGUUUGAAAAUCUGCAUUGACGGUGCGCACGCACUGAAUUACCUUCAUUAUGAGAUGGCAAAUACAAAAAUGAUGAUACACAGUGAUAUAGAUCCUUUUAGAUUUGGGUUGGAUGAGAAUUGGAGGGCAAAGAUCGAAGACUUUGAGUUGGCAGUAUUCCUGCCUCCAAAUCAAAAAGAUGAAGCUCUAUGUAAAAGAUCAUAUUUUAAGUCAACGUGGCACGUGGAUCCAGAAUAUGCGAAGACUGGUAAGCUAAAAAGAGAGUCGGAUGUGUAUAGCUUUGGAGUAGUUAUGUUUGAAAUUCUAUGCGGAAGAGAAGCUGAUGACCAAAUUUACCUUACGGAGAGUGAGAAAGGGCUCGUUGAUGUUGCAAGUCAAAACUUCUCCAAUGGAACAAUAGAGGACAUGGUUGAUCCUACACUAAAGGAAGAAACCGGUAAAAAGAGUUAUAGUCCAAUUAGAGGAGCCGAUAAGGAUUCAUUGUACACAUUUUUAAAAGUCGCAAACCGGUGUGUGGCGGAGACUCAAGACCAACGCCCAACAAUGAAAGUUGUUCUCACCGAACUUGAGAAAGCAUUGGUCUUUCAAGUAAGUCAGGAGGAGCAAGUACAGGAGCCAAAUAAGGACCAAGUUGUCGACGAACUUCAGAUAACAACUUUUCAAGUUCCUGAGAAACAAGUACAAAACACAGAUAAUGACCAAGUUGUCAACCAACUUGAGAUAGCACCUCAAGAACUUCAUGAGAAGCGAGUACAAAAUACGGAUAAUGACCAAGUUGUUGACCAACUUGUGAUAGCACCUCCAGAACUACUUCCUGAGGAGCAAGUACAACAAUCGGGUAAGGAUCAAGUUGACGACAAACUUGAGAAAGCAAGGCAUGAAAUUCUUGUGGGGAAGAACUUGGAACACUUGAAGAUUCCUCUCACUCAUAUUCAAUCAGCAACCCAUUAUUUCUCAAACCAAUACAGAAUUGCAAAUUUCACAGAUGGCCAUGCUUUCUACAGAGCAGAACUCGAGCAUUAUGAUAAAGAGAAUCCAUCAUCCAAGAGACACAAAACUGUACUUAUCAAACGUUACCCCCCUUCUGGAAAUAAGUUUUUUGGAGAAAAAGAGUUUCUCACAGAAAUAGAAAUUCUUUCCGGUGGAAUUAAGCAUCCCAACAUAGUCAAUUUGCUUGGAUUUUGUUUUGAAGAGUCUGAGAUGAUCCUUGUCAAUCAAGAAGACGAAGCUCUCUAUCUCGGUGAGUAUUUGGGAAACUUCAAAGACAAGCGUGUUUUGACUUGGGAGAAACGUUUGAAAAUUUGCAUUGAUGUUGCACACGCAUUGAAGUACAUUCACUAUGAGAUGGAAGACCAAAAGACAAUAAUACACCGUGAUAUACGCAGUUACCACAUUGGGUUGGAUGAGAAUUUGGAGGCAAAGAUUGUUAGCUUUAGGUGGUCCGUAUUCUUGCCUCCAAAUCAAGAAGACGAAGCUCUCUAUCUCGACUGGAUUGGCGGAGACAACUACAUAGAUCCAGAAUAUAAGAAGACAGACAAGGUAAAAAGAGAAUCAGAUGUUUAUGGUUUUGGCGUAGUCUUGUUUGAAAUUCUAUGUGGGAGAUUAGCCUUUGACCCAAUUUACCUUAAGGAGAGUGACAUAGGGCUGGCCCAUGUAGCAAGACAAAGCUUCAGCACAAGAUCACUAGAAGAGAUGAUAGAUCCUCUAAUAAAGGAAGAAAUUGGUGAAAACAAAUUUGUUCUAAAUAGAGGACCCAACAAGGAUUCUUUGCACACGUUUAUUUCAAUUGCACACCAAUGUGUGGCGGAAACUCAAGACCAACGCCCAACAAUGAAAGUCGUAGUCAAGGAACUUGAGAAAGCAUUAUUCUUUCAGAACAACAACAAGGAUAACCCCAAAAUGUCACUUGAAGACAUAAAACGGGUGACACAAAACUUUCAUGAUGACAAUUUCAUCGGUGGGGGAGGAUUUGGUAAAGUUUAUAAAGGAAACCUUCAAGAUGGAGAUGGAUUUAAAACCAUUGUUGCAAAGCGAUUGGAUACAAGGUUUGGUCAAGGAGAACAACAAUUCUUUAGUGAGCUCCAAAUUCUUUUGGAUUAUAAACAUGAGAAUGUCGUUCGUCUUGUAGGCUACUGUGAUGAAAAUGAUGAAAAAGUCCUUAUCUAUGAGUAUUUGUCCAGGGGAAGUCUUGAUAGGUAUUUGAAUGAUACUUCUCUUACAUGGGUGAAACGACUUAAUAUAUGCAUUGAUGUUGCAAGAGCGUUGGAUUUCCUACACAGAGGAGUAGGAAAACAAGCAAAGGUGAUACAUAGGGACAUCAAAACUGAAAACAUCCUGUUAAACAAUGAUUGGAAAGCAAAACUGGCUGAUUUUGGGCUUUCGCUAAUAUGUUCAAUAAAUCAGGAAACAGACUAUAUCAUCGAUCAUGCGUGUGGCACAAAAGGAUAUGUGGACCCACUUUAUAGACAAUCGGGAUUCCUAACCAUAGAAUCCGAUAUUUACUCGUUUGGUGUUGUUUUAUUUGAGAUUUUGUGCGGGAGAUCAACGUUUGCAAUCCACAAACAUGAGGGUUACUAUCUACCGGAUUUCAUUAAAAACAACUUUGAAGAAGGAAAACAUGCUGAGGUGGUGUUCGAACAAAUAAGGGAACAAAUCGUGCCACAAUCGUUGACUACAUUUCAAGAGAUUGCCUACCAAUGCCUACAUCUUGAACGAGAAAAAAGACCGACAACAAAAGAAGUUUUGGUAGAACUUAAGAAGGCAUUGGAAUUUCAAGUAAGUUAAUGAUCAUAGUUAUUAU